AUGUAUUCUGGGAACCCAAAUAGCUUGAACCUUAAAUCAGAUUGUGAGGGACUUGCAGGGAAUUGGGGAAGUGAGGCUAUGUCAGUUGGGCAAUCACUGGUAUUGGACAGUGAGAAGGGGCUAGUGAAAACUUUAGGCGAAACUGGGAAGAAAAGGUGUUUUUCAGAGGCAAAAACAGUUGCCGCUUUAAAGAGCCAUAGCGAGGCCGAGAGGAGGAGGAGAGAGAGGAUUAAUGCUCAUUUGGCGACACUUCGAGGUCUUGUACCUGGGGAAGAAAAGAUGGACAAAGCUACAUUACUCGCUGAAGUUAUCAACCAAGUGAAACAACUGAAGAAAACCACGAAACAAGCCAGUGAAGAUUUACACAUUCCAACAGAUUCUGAUGAAGUUAAGGUUGAACUACUCGAUGAGGAUGCAGAAGGAGGAUCUUACUCAUUUAGGGCUUAUAUUUGUUGUCAUUACAGGCCAGAUCUCUUGUCUGAUACAAGACUUUGUCUCAAUGUGCUUCCUGUGGCUUUGGCAAAUAUCGAAAUCUCUACCUUGGAAGGUCGGGUGAAGAUCAUGUUCUUAUUAACUGCCAGAAGAGACAAGAUGAAUGACAGUACUGAAGCUCAGGAACUCAUAGCGAGUUCUAUUCACGAGGCUUUGAGUUGUGUUGUGGAUAAGGCGUCUGCAUCAGAAGAAUUAUCUCAAGUAAUGCUUCCGAGCAAGAGGUGA